GAGCGCAGAGGCCCGCCCCUCCCACCGCCCAGAUGUCUCCCGGGGCGCUCUGAGGACCUCCCUGAGGCCAGGGGCCGAAGGGUCCAGAGAGAGAAGCCCGCCCUAGGGAGCCUGGAGGGGCCCCCCCAACCCUCAUCUUGGGGCUUGGCCCCCACGCUACUCGGAAGGCAGGCCGGUGCCCCCACCCUCGGGGUCUGCUCUCCUCCGUCCAGCUCCCUUCCCAGAGCUGUCCACAUCUGGAGCCCCCUCCACAUCUGGAAAGACCCCAGCCACAGUCCUUCUGCAGGUGUCACUUGCAACCAGAGACCUCUGCCUUUGCAACUGCCCAAGAGUCGUGAGGGGAUUGUGCUGCCUUCCCCAAUCCCAAGGGCAUCUCUUACCCUUAGUCCCUGCAGAGUCAUCCCCCUGCUUCUGUGUCCAGGCUCAUCCAGACAUCAGCCCAGCACACCUAUAGGCACUUCAAGUCCUGAAGGGCUCCUGAGAUCCAAGACCCCUCCCCUGCCCUUCUAUGUCCUCAUCUUGACCCCUUGUGUCAGAUUCUGUCUCCUUCUGGGUGUCCCAUUCCCAAUCCAGAGGCAAAGGAGGCGGGGUGGCAGGAGUCAGGGGCUGGGUGAGGGCCACCCAGGGCCAGCGUGGGCUGGGGGGCCGUUAAGAUGUGGAGCUCUGCCUGGCUGAGGGGGGCUCUGUGGAGGCAGACGCAGUGUGUGCCUGGCUGGGGGGAGUAUGGGCAGGCCUGCAGCCACGUGGUGAAGGAUGAACAUUCGGGGCACCCCGGACCUCGGGCAGCCCAGUGACGACCCCAGCAGUGGUGGCGAACGUGAGCGGAUUCGACAGCGCAUGAAGAUGGUCAUCGGGCAGCUGGAGGGCAUCCUACGGGAGCUCAAGGAGGUGGCCAAGGAGCUCAGGGAGGUGGUGAGCCAGAUAGAUAAGUUAACCUCAGACUUCGAUUUUGAACUGGAGCCAGAUGACUGGACCACGGCCACUGUGAGCAGUACCUCCAGCAGCGACAAGGCCGGUGUAGGUGGCCCCUUUGACCUGGGCCACCUGGACUUCACAACAGCUGACAUCCUCUCAGACAGCUGGGAGUUCUGCUCCUUCCUGGAUGUCUCUACCCCUUCAGAUUCCAUGGACGCCGCCGAGUCAACACGACCAGGGGCUGGUUCUGACUACCGACUCAUGAACGGUGGCAUGCCCAUUCCUAAUGGGCCACGGGUGGAGACCCCAGACUCCUCCAGUGAGGAGGCCUUCAGCACCGGCCCUCUCAAGGGGCAACUGCCCCAGCGGACCCCAGGCACACGGGAGAGAGUGCGCUUCAGCGACAAAGUGCUCUACCAUGCUUUGUGCUGUGAUGAUGAAGAGGGGGAUGGUGAGGAGGCAGCGGCAGAGGAGGAGGCGGACCUGUCCCCAGAGCCUCCCCAUACAGAGGCCCAUGUGGGCCCCCUCAAGACCUCCCUGGCCCCCAACAAGCCAAGGCGCUCUCCACUGACUGGCCGAUGCUCAGGCCCCACCUUGGCCCCCGAGCAGACACGAAGGAUCAUGAGGAACAGCAGCACCCAAACGGUGUCAGACAAGAGCACGCAGACAGUGCUUCCCUACACAGCCUCCAGACAGAAAGCCAAAGGGAAAAACUAGGGGCCGGGAGGGACUGGGGUUGGGUAGGGGGAGGUACAUAGAGUUAUAAAUAUAUACACAUAUAUAUUUAAACAAACACA